GCUUAGCCUGGAAUUUAAUAUGAAGGGCUGCCAGCUGGUUCAUUAAAAAUAUAUCUAAUAGUUGACAAGGAAAGCAUCCUAAUUAGUAGAAAGCUUAUAUAUAAUAAUGAAAAAGCUUAUAUUUAAUAUUAGCAACUUUAUUAUUACAUAUCAGCUUCGGCUCCAGCUUAUGUCCCCCAUUACAUAUGUAAAGGAACUAGAGCUGCAAGCGAACUAGUUCCGAAGUGAACACUUGACCAUCAGCUGUUUUCUGUUAAAUACUGCGCACACAUGCAGUGUUAUCAAAAGCAGACAAAAAAUAUAUAAGAAUAUAAAUCAAGUUUCACAAUGGGCCGCCUUAUACUCGAGCACACAUUGCAGGGACACAAGGGACGGAUUUGGGGCGUCGCCUGGCAUCCGAAGGGCAACAGUUUCGCCUCCUGCGGCGAGGACAAAGCCAUCCGCAUCUGGUCGCAGUCUGGCAACACUUGGACCACCAAGACAAUAUUAUCCGAUGGACACAAGCGGACAAUUCGCGAGGUACGCUGGUCGCCGUGCGGUGAAUACCUGGCCUCGGCCAGUUUCGAUGCUACCACAGCCAUUUGGUCGAAGCACGAAUGCAACGCCACGCUCGAGGGCCAUGAGAACGAGGUGAAGAGCGUUAGUUGGUCACAAAGUGGUGGCUUAUUGGCCACCUGCUCACGUGAUAAAUCCGUUUGGAUCUGGGAGGUUGCCGGCGAUGACGAAUUCGAAUGCGCUGCUGUACUUAACGCCCACACGCAGGAUGUGAAACGGGUCGUUUGGCAUCCCAGCAAGGAGAUCCUGGCCUCUGCCUCGUAUGACAACACGAUCAAGAUGUAUGCGGAGAGUGCAUUAGACAGCGAUUGGGAUUGCACGGCAACCUUGAGUUCGCAUACUUCAACCGUUUGGAGCAUUGAUUUCGAGGCGGAUGGCGAACGCUUAGUCUCCUGCAGCGAUGAUACCACACUGAAGAUUUGGCGUGCCUAUCAUCCGGGCAAUGAGGCUGGCAUCGCCACACCCGACAAGACCACAGUGUGGAAAUGUGUGUGCACCGUGGCAGGUCAGCAUUCGCGUGCCGUGUACGAUGUGUCGUGGUGCAAGUUGACGGGUCUGAUUGCCAGCGCUUGUGGCGAUGAUGGCAUACGCAUCUUUAAGGAGAGCAGCGAUUCCAAGCGCGAUGAGCCCACCUUUGAGCUGCUGACGGCCGAGGAGAGCGCCCACGAGCAAGAUGUAAAUGCGGUCGAAUGGAAUCCGGUGACAGCCGGUCAGCUUAUCUCCUGCAGCGACGAUGGCACCAUCAAGAUAUGGAAACUGCAGGAGUAGUUACAUGUUGUUUUUUAUAUACAUCUAUAUAUUUAAGUGAUCGCUGAAGGAAUCAGCUUUCUUUAUCAAUUUCCACUUGUAAUAAAUAACUGUUGCACACAGCA